AUGGACCUUUCUGAACCAGGAUCGAUUCUUUUUGAGCGUGAAAAAUUUCUAUCAGCAAACAGUACUUUUGUCAACGGUAAUCAAGAAACAACUGCAACCGAAGCAGAAGUAGAAGAGGAAAAUGACGAUUCUUCCGAUGAACAGAUCUUUCUACCCGGUGACAAUAAUGAAGAAGAUGAUUUAAUUGUAAUUAGUGGAAAGGAAUAUCCGAAAACGGGUUUUGAAGAAAUUAUCGAAAAAAUUGGAAUGGGAAAAUUCCAAAAAAGAUUAUUG